CUCGCUUUUCAAUUUUCUGUUGCGGGUGUCCUGAUGCUUGCAUAGUCGAAGCAGCCGCCGGUGUUCGCUCGUUGCUGACGUCAACACAGCAGAGAUUUGCGCUUUCCAACACAGUGUCGCUCUUGCCUUGUUUUUUACGCUGUCUGUUUUGAUUACGCAAACCGAAGCUUGCGUCACGGUAUCUGUCGAGCCAUUCUCUUUAUCUGUGCCUGCGACUAUUGUUCUCUGACUCUUCUCCCUCUCAAGCGUCAGUCGCUGCUGUCCAGCAGCUAGCCUUUUUUUCCUGGAAUGCUAAGUGUCCACCUCUCUUUGAAUUUCAGUGCAUGCAGGCGUCUUCGUUUCUCGAGAAAAUGACCCCGAACUGAAAAAUGCUGUCUCGGCUCUGCAGCACAAACAGCGCGAAGGCUGUCGCCUUCUUGUACGGCGACCAGCUGCUGUGUGCCGGUGUGGGGUCGGAACUUCGUGUGUACUCGUGCUCUUCCUUUUCUUCAGCCAUCGUUCCUGGCGACCAUGGUGCUGUCUCAGACUCCGACAAAGGCAGCGCGGAGGCCGCCGUCGCUGAAGAAGACGCAGAAACGCGGCAAGACCGAGCGACGAAACAGCCGUCGGGCAAAGCCGGAAGACCGUCGGAACGCUCGGAUUCGAAGAUACCUGCGAGUCCGUGUGGCCCGCCUCGACCUUUUAACUUUCCUUCCGGCCUCGUUGUCAGUGCGCCGUUUUCCUCCGCAACCCACAUUCUAGGCCUUUCCGCGUCGUCAACGUACAUCGCCGCCUACGGCCUCGGUCACUUAGUUCUCUACCAGUUGCAGUGGAUCGAAGGGAGUCCCGAAACCGUCGACAGACGCGAUGGAGAGGAGACGCGAACGCGUGCAUCCGUACCGGAAGAUAGCCGCUUUUCACCGUGUGAGAAGGCGCAAGAGUCUUGCUCAGAAACCUCAGGCGCCGGCGUCAACUCGAAAGCUGCGAGGAACGGCCUUCUUCCGCAUGGGCCUCACGUUAGAGCCCAACUUUCGCAACCUUUUCGGUACGCCUCUCGUCACUGGAUUCUGGACGUCCGCAUUCUGCAGAACUCCGCAGCGCGCGUUGAACGAAAUGGAGAAGUGGACGUGAACACGACAAGCGAGAGGCAGACUCCUCCCGCGCUCGCCCCCUUCUUACUCGUCGGCACUGCCCUCGGAAGAGUCGACUUGCUCGACUCGGGUGCCAGCACGCUGCUCGCGAGCUGGACUUGCACAGACCGAAGUCUCCUGUAUUCCCUGGCUGUCCACAUUCCUCUUGCGCAGUGGAGUUCAGGGAACCGACCUGCGGCUCCCGAAAACAAAUACGCGCUCGCUGAUGACGCAGCCGAUGGGCGUUUUCCUCCAGACACCCGAGGGACCCACUUCGCCGCUACUCAGUCGUGUACGUCCAUCACCGUCGCCAGUGGAACUGUUUAUAGCAGCAUUCUUCUCUGGAAUCUAGUCUUUCCUCAGUCUCAAGAAAGCCGCUGUUUCCGCGUGGCACCGCGCGGCGAGGAGCCCGAGGCCGAAGUGUCUAGACCCCCGGAAUCGAGCGACUCAGGCCACAGCCCCGCAGGAGGGUCAGAGAGUGGAAAGCCGUGUGUGAAUGGCGGUGGAUCCCCGGAUCCGUCCAUGCAGAGCAUAUGUAAUACUGAUGGGCAGUCUUCGCAAGUGCAUCUUUCCGAUUUUUGUGGAGCGUCUACAAACCGCGACUCGCCUAGGUCAGUAGCUCCAAGGCAGGUUCUCAGGGGACACCGUGGUGUCAUUUUCAAGGUGUGUUUCUACCUCGACGGCCUGCUGCUAUGUUCCGCGUCUGACGACCGCGAAGUUCGUCUCUGGUGGAAAUCUUCUGUCGUGAAAGCCGACGGCGAAAUGCAGACAAACGCGGGGAAGGGGGAGGGGAGAGACAAGGCGGAAAAGCGAAACGAAGAGGUCUCAGGCGCCGACAAGGGCCGAGCACUGCCUUCUGGUCUCGAGAGUCUGCGACAGAAAUCCGCAGCAGCGCCUGGGUCUGUCUGCGUGCUCGAAAGCAAGUGUACGGAAUCCGGAUAUGCGUGUGUGGCGACUCUGAAGGGACACCGGUCGCGAGUGUGGGACAUCGCACUCUUGGAUGUUUCCUCUGGUCGGUCUUUCGCCUUUCCAGGAACCGAUCCGCAAGGCACCUCCGGUGCCGGACUGCCUGUGCAUGUGUCGUCAGAUAGACUGUUUGAGGAGGCGCAACGAAGGUACUUUAUUGUUUCGGCUGGCGAGGACUCCAGCUGUCGGAUCUGGUCUCUUCGAGGCGAAUUCCUCUACAGCCUCUUGGGCCACGCAGGCCGCGGCGUACGCGCAGUGUGUACCCCCGAGAAGCCAACAGCCCCCGUUUCCAGGCGAGUGCCUUUGAUUGCUUCCGGAGGAGAAGAUGGCGACGUGAAGCUCUGGUCUCUGGAAGACUCACCCACGUUCGGGGAGGUGUUGGAGUCUCACUGCAAGCGGCUCGGACAGCCGGCGUCGGGGCAGGCAAUGAACUCUUCAGAGAGCGGAACGGAGAGAGAAACGGAACGUGGAGAACGAGGAGACAACGUUUCUUGCCAGAGCUCCGGAGCCGGGCGCCGAACGGUCGUCUGGAACUGCCGGGACCACAGCGGCCCAAAUGACUUUGUGCGGGAGGUCCGGCUUCUGGACACCGACUCUGCUCUCGUCGCCACCAACUUUGGCUGCGUGUUUUUCCUCAGUCUCAGUCGUGGCCUGCGCCAUUGCUGGGGACAGAAGGGGUCGGGUGUUCGUUUCUCUUCUCUGUCUCACAGCGGGGAUUCGUCGCAGAUCGACAAAGGUUCUCCACCUUUAGGACGAGAGAACGAGGGCGACUGCGUAGCUGCGUCAUUUCUUCUUGUCAAGGUCCCGGCUGUGCUCACGUGUCUCCGUGUCCUCGAUGGUUUGGUAACUGCAGGGUGUGCAGACGGGACUGUGGUCGGGUUUGUCUUCUGUCCCCGGACGUUGAAUGCGACGGAGAGUUCUCGAGAUCCCGAGCGCGAGGCUAACAGAGAAAUGGAGCCUGCACUCGAACCGCCGAAGCGAUGGUCGUGCUUUCAACGCGCGCGAGUUGGCAACCUCUUUCAGAUUGCUCUGCCAGCCUCACACAACGAUGUGUGUGCUCUGCAGCGUCCUGGACUCCUCGGCGGCCUGCACGCUGCGGCGCGGAGUACCUUCUCGACCAAAAGUUUCUGGAGCGAAGUUCGCGAUCACAGAAAUGCUUAUGGCAAGACGGGGACUCCAGCCACCGACCUCAGAUCUACGUCAGUGACGGGGACGACUCAUUCAGGUUCGGAUGAUGCCCGAGUUUCGCAUGCAAACGGAACAGCGACUGACUUUGGGGAACCUCACGAUCUCGGCGAUACCCCGACACAACAUCCAGUCGAGAACAUCGUAGUGGCCACAGAUCACACGGGAGUUGUUUCCUUGUGGGCUGUUUCAACUGGGCGCGGGAAGAAGCAACCUGACGCUGUUUCCACACUCUCGGAGGAAAGGCAGUUUCCCGACAGAAUUGACGGCGCUUUCCAGAGGUCGGACGAGGACACCCCGAGGGCCGCUGACGCACUGCACCGGCUGCAUGCAGAGCCGGUAGUUGAAUGGGUGGCUUCUACUCAACUACCUCACGCAGGUCGUAGCAAGACAGACGCGUCUCGCUGUUUCUCCUGCCUAGGUUUGCUCUGCGUAGAGCAAGCCACGAGUCGGUUGCCUGAGGCGACAGGGUCUGGAGCCGAUGGAGCUGCGGGUGAAAACACGCAUGGCAGCCACGAGUUGUCGAUCUUAAUCGUUCUGGGUGACGAAGGCGGCAGUUUGCAUGUCGUCCAAGCCGUGGUUCCGGAAAGGACUUCAGCGUGGAUGGGUGGGGAACUGCAGGCUGAACCACACCGCUCUGAGAGGUCGGUGGAGAGGCACCGGCGCGCAACCUGGGCCUGGUCAGAGGCGCGGAGCAGGCUGGCACACUCACUGAAGGGGGUGCACAAAGGCAAGAAAGUUUGGGAUGUGGUGGCACAGGGUCACUUCCUCCUCUCGUGUGGGGGGGACGGGACCAUUUUGCUUCUGCGGGUCACAAAGCAGAAAAGCGACGGCGUGACGCUGUCGAGGAGCCGCGCGGAUCGGCUAGGCCAAGACGGCGAGGUGGACCAGCGGGGUUCUGAGGACAAAAACGAGCCAUGCUUUCCUUUCGCCGUCACACUCUGCCCUGUCUCGUGCGUCAGAGUUCCCCAGCUGACGCUGAUGUACUCUCUCGUGCCUACGGAGACAGCGCCUCUGUGGUGGUCUGAGAACGACGGGGGUCAGAGCGAAGGAGUCGCAGGUAGCCCAGGUGGGGACGUCGGCCCUCUGAGGCACAACUGGCUGUGCGCGUUCCGCACUGCGGACUUCGUUCUCUUCGACUUGAGGACUUCCAUGGAGUUGAUGCGCGUGCGGUGUGGGAACAGUCGCCGACCCCUGGACUUCCACCGCGAACACGCCCAACAGUACACAUUCACGAGUGCCAUGAAACAUCUCCUUUAUUUCCAUGUCCACGGACGAGCAGCCUCUCCUUCAACUGCGAAGAUGCCCAGCUUCGGCGUAGGCGAUCCGACAACGGAGGCCAAAUGCAACAAACCUGCCCCGUGCGCGGUAGCUGAAGACGGCCGGAUCUCGGGAGAAACGACCAGAGAGAGACGAAACCAAAGUGACACCUCGGCUCCUAGAGAGCUGCCUGAAGGGAGCAGUAGGAGCGCGGCAUCUUCAGACGACCUUUCUGCGCAUGCGGCAACCCUCCCAUCUCUCUUGGAAUACACACGGAGAAGCGCUUCCUUCAAUCCAGGUUUUCACGGUAGGGAAGUCUGGUCGGUUUGUUGGCUGGACGAGGAAACGCUGGCCACCGGUGGCGAAGACAAUUCAGUGAAAAUCAUCAGCAUAGUGGAUGCGGAAGUGUCUCGACACCUUGCCGACUCGAACCCAAGAGACCACACGCGUCAACUAGGGCAUCUGGCGACGGCAAAUCCCACAAGGACUGACGGGGGAAAUGUGACUAAGAAGAUCCGGGGCAGUUUCUCGGAUCGCACAGACCAAAAACAGUUGGAUUCUGACAGCCCGCGUUCUUUAGGAGGUACACAACUCCUGUGUACGUCCAGCGCAACUCCGUCCAAGUGGCAUUUUCAAGUGAUUCAAACUGGGGUGCACCACACGGCAGCUGUGCGGUCCGUGAGACUUCUUGGCUCUCUCCCUUCCAAAUCGAGGUUUCUCGAAUCUCAGACAGUGCUGCAGAUGCUGGUGAGUGUUGGAGCCCGCAACAUUGUCAACCUUUUCUUUGUCAGCCCUCCCGCACCGCGGUCGAGCGCUCCUGGAGGCGUUUCUGCGACACUGUCGCAGAAAAACAAUCCGCUGCGCAUCAGCCAUGCACUGUCCGCGCGGCUCUCCAAUCGAGGACAGGGGACCGAAGUUCGGUUGAACGGAGUGGACGGAUUCGUAGAGCGGGACUGUCUUUCAAAACCUUCGGAGCGGGACAGAGGUGAGGUGAACACCAGUGAGUUCCGUGACGGGACCGAGUCUCUGACUGUGCACAUGUGGACGGCUGCGUCGUCGGCCGAAGUCGCGUAUGUGGAAGCGACACUUGUGCUGACGAGGUCUCAGGAAUUCGGGCAGCUGGCUCAUGGUGACCGGAGCCGGAACAGUCGCUUAGAAAAAAGAGCAUCAUGCCCGCUGGAAGGCGCGGCUCUCUGCGUUCGUGUCGUUUGUCUAGACACGCAUGCAAACGAUGCUGGAGGCUGCUCCUUUGCUAGCUCCCAGACAGAGUUCGGGAGUGAGGAACCGUCGAGAACGAACACACAUGGGGUCUUGGUACUGGUCGGAAUGACCACCGGAGAAAUCGCGGUGUUCCUGGGGGACACGAGCGCUGCGGUGCCUCGACUGGAGCGAUUGGGCACUCUACACGCACACCAGUGUGGCGUAAAUGACUUGGAAGUGGCCGAAACGCAAAACGCUUUGGGGACAAAGGUUGAAAGCGGCGCGUCGGUCGCAUCUCCUGCAGGGCUGGGUUCGUCCGCCCUCGCAGAGUCUGAAAUGGAGUCGCCUUGCUACUGCGUCGCCUCGUGCGGUGAUGACCAGUCAGUAACGGUCCAGUUUAUUUGCGUAGAACACGAGGAGAACAACGCGUCUCUCUCCCUUAGGUUGAUAUCCGCCUGUAGAGUAGAAAACGCUCAUGCGUCGUCAGCACGAAGUUGCUCGCUUCUCUUCCCCCUUCUGUUUACUGUAGGCUGGGAUCGAUGGGUGCAGGUGUGGACUAUUCGUCCGGGUGUGGCCUCUGGUGGAUGCGAUGGGAACGAAAAUAGUUCAUCUCGACUGGUGAAAGGAGCGGAGCCUAUCCAGCGUUCAUGUGCCACAAGAAAACCAUCGCUUACCGCCCAGAGGUUAAAUGCGCGGUCGCGUGAAUGCCAGCAGCGGCGAUAUUGGGGCGAGUCUACAACCAUCGACGAGACACAAAUUUUUUCGGUGGAGCGUGUGGACGCGAUCAAAACGUCUGUUGCGGAUGCUGCUCAUCUGGACGGAAAACCGGUUCCUGGCGGUGUUCGGGUGUGCGUAGUGGGCAGCUCUGGCGGUAUUGAAUGCUUUCAAUUCCGAGAGUAGAACCGUUCACAUGCGUCUUCUUGUUCGCAGCGACUGGUACGGACACAGAAUGAUACUGUGAAGAUCCACUUUGUUAUAUGGCCUUCGCUAAGGUGCGUUUUAUCUUCAUCUUGCUCGUGUCUUUUAGCUCCUUUGUUUGGUCUAGUGCCCUCUUUGGGAUGUUCAUUGUGAGAACCGUCUUAUUGUCAAUGUAUGCUCGUCGAGUAACUUACCGCUUAACUUAGGGAGAUGUACAGAACGACUACCUUUGAGUUUUUCCAAAACAACCCGAUUUAAAGCAAGCGAAACCGCUGACGGUCAGUAUUCUGGUUGCAGCGGUUCAUGCGUUGUGCGGGAUGUCUCUGAGAGGCUGUGAAACGUACGUAUACAUAAACAUGACGCGUCUAGCUGAGUGACACACCAGUGGCAAAUAAACAUGCUUGUGCGUGAUGGUUGCGUACGCGAACCAGUCAGUCCCUAAGGCUAGUCUUUGC